AGGUGUGUGAGGGAGUUGGUGCUCUCAUUGCAGAUGGAGCUAUAUCCCAUUCAAGAGUUGGAAGGUGCAAGACUGGACUCUGCUUCUGGCCAGCAUACUGAAGUUUCCGGGAUCAUUGCUGUUGUUCCUCAGAAUUUAUUACGAUCACCAACAACAUAAAUAGCACAGAGUCAUACCUUAAGCACCUUGUUGAUGAAUGCAGGAGCUGUGCUGAACUUCAAACUAAAGAGAAGAGAGCUGCAGGGUUUUGGAGAUGAUGGACGUGAAACAACAGCGGGUGAUAACAUCAAAGAUUUUUUGCUGAGUCUGCGCUACUUUCGGAUCUUCAUUGCCUUGUGGAAUAUCUUCAUGAUGUUCUGUAUGAUUGUAUUAUUUGGAUCUUGAAGCUUACCAAUGCAGCGAAAGUGAUGCAAUUCAGGACAGUCCCCGGAUUUGAAUUUGUAGCAGGCUCUUUACCUUUCCUCUAUAAUUUUUACAUUUGUUCAGUCUAGAGGGUCAAGCGUGUAUUUCCAGGUUUGAAAUUGUACCUAUUCAAAAGUCUGUGUUCUGUAACAGCAGCUAUCUGGGUAGCCAUCCCAAAAUUUUCACCUCCUUUGAUAAAUCGUGGUUAGAAAAUUUUCCACACACUUUCACACUGCACAAUGGGAAGACUUGGUUGUUGAUAUUUAUCUACAUAGUUCUAUUGAAUGUAUCCCAGUUAAAUACUAAUCCAGAUCGAGAAAGUCAGGCAUGCUGCGGAAUUCUGCCAGAAGCAAAUACUUCAUGAAUAUUUAAGUUAUGUUGUGUAUGUAAACAGGUUGUUGCUAUCUUGGCAAGUUAAUUUUGCUUUUGGAAAGUAAUUUUCAAAUGGACAAUUGCAUUGGUAUUUAGAAAAGAAUACUUGCUUUCGUACGAAUGAUAGUUCAAACUGUAAGUACACCCUUUGCAAUCAGACACGAACUGUACAGUACGCAAUCUGCAAGUUUGAAAAGCAAUGUGCUGCUUUGGUCACACUGGUCCUGACUGGCUCAGAAAUAAGAGCUAAUUAACACAUAGUGUCUUGUGGAUAUCAGAGAUGUUGAGGUUUUAUUUGUGUUGAAGUCCCUCCCAAUCUGUAGCUCUCUCAUAGUGCACCCUCUUUCAGUGAUAUUUUUAACAUGAAUUUUAGCUGUAUUUUCCUCCCAGAUAACAAUGGGAUGUGUGCAAUUGGAGAGUAAACACACUAAAAGUGAUUUUUGAAACUGCACCACAAAAAAUUCUUUUGGAAUUUUCCAGUAGAAAUUUAUUCACAUUUAUCCUGAUGUUAUGUCUCUAGCCAUUAAUCUACUUGCACGUACGUAAAAUAAUUGUUUGACUUUCCUUUGUCUGAGUGAGUUAGUAGCUGAGGUGCAGUAGUAUCCUAAUUCUCCUUACAGAUUUAAACUUGUUGUCAUAUUUGUGUUCUUUGCAUGCAGAUUUUUAACCAUCAUUUAACCAGCACCAAGUCCGUGAAAUGAACACUUUAAUGAGCUGUAGUUUGUCACCAAGAAGAGUUAAUCACGUGCUGUUCCCUACAAUAAAUCAGUGAUGGUAGUGAUAAUAUUCAUGGCCUGUGCCUCAAUACUUAAAUCUAGCCACACUGACCCAGCAUCUUAUGCCACUGUUUUCAGGAUGAGUGCUUUUUGAUUGCAUUAAAAAUGGAAUGCUUUCAAAAUGUAACCAAAUCCUUUGGUUGACCAUUGAUCUGUGCUGCAAGCAUGUGUUAGAAAUUCUAUCCAUAAUUUAUACAUUGAUCAUUCUCAAAGCAAUAAUCUACAUCCACUUAAUGCUUGAAAACUAAAAGGAGUAACACUCCUCUUAUCAACAGGACAGUGGGGACCUGUAGCAUCUGAAGAUGACAUAUUGGAUAUACCGUGCUCUGUUAGGUGAAUGGAAAAAUCAAUUACAGAAAUAGCCUCCAACAGAUGAAGUGAGAGAACACAUUUUGACUUUAGCAGAAGAAUUGUUACUCUGCCCUCAUGUCAUAACAUGAAUAAAGUGAAAUGCUAUAAAUUGGCGUUGGUGUAGCAAGCUACAUGCUUACAAAUCCUGCUUUGCCACUGAUGUUUGCACCAAUCUCCAUAAACGUUACCAUUUGCACCAUUAAAAUGAAACUAAACUCAAAGCUGUAAACUUUUACAGUGAGCACAUUCUGUAAAAUGAAAACCUGUCAAUUGAUUUCAAAUCCCUUGAAUUCUCAGAAAGCUAUUGAAAUGAACUUUCACUAUGUAUAACUCUGUUAUCUAUUUGCCUGCAGAUAUUUUAAAUCUAAGAAUGAGAUUGGAGAUUUGGUCAUAUAGAGCAUUUGUAUAUCUGAUACACCAUGUGUAGAUACCAUUACGGUGUACCAAAGUCAUCGUAUCUGGUAUGUGAUCACAAAAACUAAAUGCAGCAAAACUGGAUUCUGAGAGUGAAAUGUAUUUUUUAACCAUAUUUGUGUACUGUAUCUGAAUGGAUGCAGUGAACACUUUAUUGCUUAUUUAUAUUUAAAGUAUUUGUGACCUGCUUCCAUUUCAAGUACUUGACCAUGUAGAUCAUCACAUUUCAAUGGACUAAGAAGGGGAAUAAAACAGGGUAUUUGAAAUACAUUAGCUUGUGCAUUGAAUGCAGCUUAACUAUUCAGACCAUGUUUAUAGCCUGAACUCUCAAUACAUCAUAGCAGCAUCACCAUUGUUUCUUAUUUCAAUGGUUUAAAAUUAUUACACUGCAAUACUCAAAUGUUUCUCCUUUGAUAUUUUUCUUAAAUCCCUUGGCUCCACAUGGAGUCCCUCAUCUUUCUAUUCCAAUCAGUUUAGCAAUAAUUGCAACCAGUUAAGCCUAACAGCUACUGGAAGGCACCAUUGUCAAAUAUCCAAGUAUUGGGCCCGCAAAGUGUAUUUACUAGUUUGACCAAAUCUUUGGAUAAUUGGGAGGUAAUGCUGAAGUGGAAGUUAAAAUUUCCUGAAAUGUAGACAAGCUUGUUUACCACACAACUUCCCAGUGUCUUUCUGGUGAGCUAGCAAUGUAAUCUGAUGUUCAGGAAAGCAUAAUAAUGCUAUCUGUUUAGGCCCAACAGGAUUUAUUAAAAGUAAAUCUGGCUUCAAAUUUUCUAUAGCUGCAAAGAUCCCAAUGUAAAGUGAAUUUUCUCAGUCUUGGUUGUUUGUUGAUCUACAGUGUGAUAACUAGAAGUGCUUAAUCCUACAACUGUAUUUUAAAUAGUAACAUUAAUUCACUUACCAUAUUCUUAAUAUUUGUGUAGCAAAAUAGUUUUCUUUUCAUCUAUUUCUAAGGAUUGUGAAAGUUCACUGCUGAUUCAUGUUUGCUUGGUACUCAGUUUGUGAUCAUUUAGUGUAAGCUCCAAAGAUUAAGUUGUAUUACAUUUACUAGUUGGUGAGUGACAGUGAUUUGAGGUUCAUAGAUCAUAGAAUACCUACAGUGUGGAAACAGGCCAUUUGGCCCAACAAGUCCGCACCAUCCCUCGGAGAAGCAUCCCACCCAGACCUAUUACCUAAUUUACACAACCUUCGACACUAGGGACAAUUUACUGUGGUCAGUCGACGUAGCCUGCAUAUCUUUGGACUGUGGGAAGAAACCGGAGCACCUGGAGGAAACCCACACAGACACAGGGAGAAUAUGCAAAUACCACACAGACAGUCACCCAAAGCUGGAAUCAAACCCGGGUCCCUAGAGCUGUGAGGCAGCAGUGCAAACAUGGUGACUCAGUGUUCUUCAUACACAUCCAAUUUAUAAAAAGACUCUCUGCAUUAUCUCCUCCUUCACCAUUCUUUUACUGUACUUUGCAAAAAUAUAUUUUAUUCAUAAAGUUUGCAAAAUAAAAUUUAGGAAACAUUGACUUGAAAAUUACUGUAAUAGCAAUAAAAGCAAACUUACACCGUAUUACAUUCUUAGCCAUGUUUCACUCUGAGGUGCCUCAACACAAUUUCAAAACACUUAGUACUGACAAUGUGCUUUUUAGGCAUGCAGCCCUAAAGGUGCAAUGCACUAUCAAACUUAGUGCCACAAGGGAUUAGAAAAUCAACAUGUUAAUGAACAGGAGCCAUUCAGUCCACUUGUUCCUAAAAUUUAGCACUCAUGCAGAGUUUGUGAGCAUUGCUUUCCUCUUAUCCCUGCCCAGAACAACAAGUUAAAUAAAUUCAAAAUCUGUCCAUUUCCUUUAUAAAUAUCUCAACUUAGCUACGUGAUAGUUUUUAAUUCACAAACUACAAAACAUGUAGCAAUUCAUUGGAUUUUCAGCUUUGCUUGUGAUCCUAGGCCAAUUAUUUUUCUCUGAAGUACAGGAGAGUUAUUGAAGAUUUUAGUAACUAUGCGCUAACCAGAAAUGUUGAGAUCUGAAAUGUGGUGAGAUUUAGUGUGCUGCAAUUCAAUCAUUUUGGUUGCUACUGGUGUCUUGCAUUUUUGACAACAUGGCUAACUUUUUAACAUUUAAAGUCAAUAAAGACUUUUAAAAUUAUGUACUUGGAGCACUUGGUGCCUUGUUGGGAUGAUCCACUGUGGUUAUGUAGAUUGUGGUUCAAUCCUAAUAACAAAAAGCUGAAAUAAAAUCUACCAAUGAUGGGACUUAUUUCUUAAUCUCAUGAAA